AUGGCUUCCAAGCCCCUUCAUAUUGGUGUUCUUCUCGUGGAUAUAGUCCAGCUCCUCGAUCUGGCAGCCGUCGAUCUCCUAUUCAUGACCUGCCCUGAGUAUCUCAAGGAACUGGGAGUCCCCAAGCCUAUCGUGGAUCUUGGCCGGCCUUGCAAGAUAUCUUACAUUGGCCUAGACGGUCCGACUUCAUACCGUGACCUCACCUCGCACACCUCAAUUCCUAUUACACAUUCACCGACGGAUCCAGAGGUAGCGCCAGGUGAACUCGACUUGAUCUAUCUUCCCGGGCCUCCACCUAAGCGUAUGCCCCCAGCGAAGGAGUAUCUUGAUUUCAUCCAGAAGCACAAUGCCGCAAAUGUGACAAUACUCAGUAUUUGUACUGGGGCAUUGGUAGUCGCUCAUGCAGGCAUAACAAAGGGAAAAGUAGUUACAGCGCCACGAUUUCUGAUUCCAAAUUUGCGAAAAAGCUUCCCCGAUGUCAAGAUCUGGGACGACACGCUGCGAGUCACUAAAGAUGGAAAUCUUUGGAUGUGUGGCGGGAUCACAAAUGGCCACGACCUUAUGGUCGAGUACCUCCGCGAGAACUACCCAGCACCUCUUGUCAACACUAUUCUCACCGCAGCGGAGAUCUCACCUCGCAAUCUGCAAUAUCCGAAUGGACCUAUGGGGGACUUCUUGUGGAUGUUUUGGCAGGUGGUAUGCGCCCUUCCAUAUUCCGCCAUGCGCCUCGUAAAGGGCAAUGGAAUUGGCAAUGAAUGA